AGUUAAUUACGUCAGUAAAAGUGACAGGCCAGGAGUUGUUUCAGCUGGAUCACAAAAUGUCCCGGAGGAAACUUCGUAAAUCCAAACAGAAGUGGGAAAACAAAAAGGAGGACAAAUCGAAAAUCAUCAGCUGUGUUGAGGGAAAGUCUGUGGGAGCGAAGUGUGAGGAGUUUUCCUCAGAGCUGUGUGUGUGUGAGCGCGAGCCGCAGAACCAGCAGCGCGCGAAGUCCACUGGCCGCAAAGAGAAAUCAUCCAAACAAGUGCAUUUCACUGUGCUGCAGGACAAAUACGAGCCUCUGGAGGAGGACAGAGCCUCGGAUACAGCCACAGAAGAAGACCACAGGGAAAAACAGGAGAAAUAUAAGAGGUUCAGGAAAAACUUUGGAAAAGCUCUUCGCUUCACUUGGAAGUGUCUGGUCGCUGGACUACAGAGUUUCAGCGCGUCAUACUCCGGGCCUCUGAGUGCAGCUACCACGCUGGUGCCUGAGAUCCAGAGGACAAGGCCCAGAGCAUGAUGGUACAAAAACCUUUGAUAGUGAACCAACCCCCUCUCAAUAUUUUAUGAUGUUUUAAGGUACGAUGCUUGCCAGAAUGUAAGGAAUUUCUGUAGCUCUUUGGAUAUGAUUGAUUCUUCAAUAAUCCUGAUGUACUGUGGCAGUCACUCAAGUGUUAUAAAUUGCUCUUCUCCAUCUUAGACACCUGCAGGUCUGAACAUAAUUGCUCAUAAUUGAGCAUAAGUCCUGUCAUGCAUGAAGUAAACUGACUAUUUAAACUGGUUUAGAUACUUAUUCUCUUAAAAAAGGUGUACUCCUUUUUUCCUAUAAACACCAUGAUGAUGUACAGUUGAAGCUAAUAAGAAUUUUUUUUAAAUCUUUUUUUUUUUUUUAAGAAGUUUUUUUUUUUUUUUUUUUUAAAUCUGUCGUGGCUUAUAUGCAUGACAAUCUUAAACAAUACUCGUGAAUUUAUUCAGACUGGUCUUCUGUGUUGAGAAGGAGAAAGGGGUGGACACGAGGCAGACUUUUCACAACUGAUAUCCCAAAGAGUUAUCCUAGAAGGAUUCAGGCUUGGUAGCUUUUUCUUUGAUUAUGAUCUAAGCAACCUAAAGACAGAGAAUAAUGAUGAGUCAAGCAUGUGACUUUUCACCUAGUGCCAGUAACCUAAUCUGUACAUAUGAUUUCAUCCGUUAAUCAUCUCAGGUCAAUAAUAGAUGUUCAAGUCUACUAUAAUUUAGUUGGGAAUAGCUAGUGGGAAUGGGUAGUUUUGUUUGUUUUUAUAAUUAUAAAGUUUAUGGUAACUUUUAGAAGUACAAAAGUUGCCAUAAAGUUUACUGUAUAAUGGAAAAAAAAAAAGACUAGACCUGUUUGGAGAAAUUGUGCUCAGGCUGGUUAGAGCUGGAAAUUUUUACUACAGAAGUUUUGCUGCACUCUUUGAAGAAAUGAAAAUCCCACUGAAAAAUCUAAUGUGAAUGUUAUUCUGUCAGAAAAUGUUUUAAUAUUUAAUAAUUACUUUAAUACUACUGGUUUACAGGAAAAAGGGGUAGGACUGUUUUUUUUUUCAAUUUGCAUAUUUAUAGAUUUUGAAUUCUGAAGGAAAUAAUGUUUUUAAAAACAAGAUUGCCUACAAAGAACACAGAGAUUUGUGCUGCUGUAGAUCAUCUAGAUCAUGUAGAUCACUGGUUAUUUUUUGAACAUUUCAUAGUACUGAUAAGUAUUUAAUCACUGAAAAAUUACUUAAUACAGACAGUGACACAGUUCUGUUGAGGACCUGAGGAUGCUAUGUACUUAUAGGACAUGACAAGCUGGUGUUUAGAAAGUUAGUGAUCAAUUAUACAGUGUCUUGCAACAUAUAAUUUAGUCCCCCCUUUCCCUUUUUUUUU